AUGAACGCUGCCUUACCUUCUUUACAAUUGAAUAUCGAUUAUACAGCUUUAAAGACUGAUAUUAACGAUUUUUUAACUCAUUUUAAACAAGAUGUUACCACUUUGGAAGAAGAGAAUGAAGAUGAAGACCUUGAUGAAGAAAUUGGUAAAGGACCUAAGUAUAUGAAAAUUUUACAAAAAGUAGCAAACAGGGAUCUUAACACUAUUUUGAUUGAAUUGGACGAUGUUUUACAAUUCCAAAAUGAAAAAUUUAUUUCAAACAGUUCUACAAGUAAUCUAGAUUUAGUUUCUAACAUUGAAGAAAAUGCCCAACAUUUUACAGAAUUAUUUUCUCGUGUUGUAGAUGAUGUAUUACCUUUACCAACCAAGGAAAUCAAUUACAAAGAUGAUGUCUUGGAUGUUAUAUUAACUCAAAGAAGAUUAAGAAAUGAAAGACUGAUAUCUGAUAGAUCAAAUGAACUAAGAACAGAACAUUCUCUAGGAAAUGAAAAUGAUCCUAACUCUUCUCAAUCUCAAGCUUUAAGAGAAAUUGCGGAAGAUGAGACAGAAUUAUUCCCAGCAAAUUUAACAAGACGUUAUUUCUUAUAUUUUAAACCUCUAUCAAAACGUGCUGCUUAUCGUCAUCACAAAAAUGGUAUUAAAAGACAUACUUCAAAGCCUUUGUCUGUUAGACAAGUGAAAGGUGAUUUUAUCGGUCAAUUGAUUACCGUUAGAGGUAUUGUCACCAGAGUUUCAGAUGUCAAACCAGCAGUAACCGUGAUAGCGUAUACUUGCGACCAAUGUGGGUAUGAAGUGUUCCAAGAAGUCAAUACUAGAACAUUUACUCCUUUGACUGAAUGCUCUUCUAGAGAAUGUGCUCAAAAUCAAACUAGAGGUCAAUUAUUUAUGAGUACAAGAGCCUCUAAAUUCAGUGCUUUCCAAGAAUGUAAAAUCCAAGAAUUAUCUCAACAAGUUCCAGUUGGUCAUAUUCCAAGAUCUUUAACUAUCCAUGUAAACGGUGAUCUUGUUAGAUCAUUGACACCUGGUGAUACUGUCGAUGUAAGCGGUAUAUUUUUGCCUGCACCUUACACUGGUUUCAGAGCUUUAAAGGCUGGUUUAUUAACCGAGACAUAUUUGGAAGCUCAAUUUGUUCGUCAACAUAAGAAGAAAUUUGGUUCUUUUGCCCUAACACCAGAAGCUGAGGCUCGUGUUGCUAAUAUUGUUUCUGAAGGUGACGUUUACAACAGAUUAGCCAAAUCUAUUGCUCCUGAAAUUUAUGGUAACUUAGAUGUUAAAAAGGCCCUAUUGCUAUUAUUAGUUGGUGGUGUUGAUAAACGUGUUGGUGAUGGUAUGAAGAUUAGAGGUGAUAUUAAUGUUUGUUUAAUGGGUGAUCCCGGUGUUGCUAAAUCUCAAUUAUUGAAGUCUAUUUGUAAGAUUACUCCAAGAGGUGUUUAUACUACUGGUAAAGGUUCUUCAGGUGUUGGUUUGACAGCUGCUGUGAUGAGAGAUCCUGUGACUGACGAGAUGAUCUUAGAAGGUGGUGCUUUAGUUCUUUCAGAUAAUGGUAUCUGUUGUAUUGAUGAAUUUGAUAAGAUGGAUGAAAGUGAUAGAACUGCUAUUCAUGAAGUCAUGGAACAACAAACUAUAUCCAUUUCUAAAGCUGGUAUUAAUACCACCCUGAACGCUAGAGCCUCUAUUUUAGCUGCAGCUAAUCCUGUAUAUGGUAGAUAUAAUCCAAGAUUAUCACCAUUAGAAAAUAUUAACUUACCUGCUGCAUUAUUAUCUAGAUUUGAUAUCAUGUUUUUAAUGUUAGAUACUCCAGAGAGAGAAAGUGAUGAAAAACUUGCAGAACAUGUUGCUUAUGUCCAUAUGCAUAAUAAGCAACCUGAUUUAGAUUUUGAACCUGUGGAUUCUUCAAUAAUGCGUGAAUUCAUUGCAUUUGCAAAGACUAUGCGUCCAAUCCUAAGUAGUGACGUUAAUGAAUAUGUGGUCCAAGCCUAUAUCCGUUUAAGACAGGAUUCUAAACGUGAAAUGGACUCCAAAUUUUCGUUUGGUCAGGCCACGCCGAGAACAUUACUAGGUAUAAUUAGAAUGUCUCAAGCAUUAGCCAAAUUAAGAUUAGCAUCAACUGUUGAUAUUGAAGAUGUUGAAGAGGCUUUAAGAUUAUUACGUGUGUCCAAGGAAUCGUUAUAUCAAGAAAAACGUCAAAACCGUGAGGAUGAAAACCCAACCACUAAGAUCUUCACUAUCAUUAAGAAAUUGUCUCAAGAUAAUGCUAAUAUUCCAGGCCGUGAAAGCAAUGCAUUAUCAUAUGACAGUAUCAUGAAGACUGUAAGAUCCAGAGGUUUUACCAUGUUACAAUUGACCAACUGUAUCCAAGAGUACAGUUAUUUGAACGUCUGGCAUCUAAUUAACGACGGUACUAUCUUGAAGUUUGUCGAUGAUGAGACUUUAGAACCCCAAACACAGGAGAGAUCUCCAUUAGGGAACGCACCUGUGCUCGCUGCCACCUCAGCCGAAGACGUAGAUCAAGAUAUGGAGUGA